CUGCAAGGUAUAUAUAGCGUACCUGUACAGGUAUAAACCAUCAAUUUGUAGUCGGGGUUGACAACAUGAACACUUUCCUGGUCCUCAGAAUCGUCCUGUUUGGAGUAGUGUCUUCUGUUUUAAUCAAGGAAGCUGAAUCUUUCUCAUCAUUAGAAGAUGACAAUUAUCGCUGGCAAUUAUUAAGAAACUUCCUCAAAAUUCCCUAUUUUCUAAAUAAAAAAUAUGCGAAGAAAAGUCAAGUGUUUCUUGAUUCUAAGGAGACAGAACUGUUCAAGCACGUGUUACGGAAGCGGAAUGUAUAUGAUACUAUAACCGGAAGUCGGGACCUUACCUCUAGUCACGCCGCUAAUGACAUUCACCAAACGAUUCAGCGACUUCGUCAGCUACAGAGGUUGGAGAACAAACACAGACGUUUCCUUCACGGGGCCCCGGUGUCUAUCGGUUUGGCGUUACCGGUUCUUAGUAGAAACAUCAACGUACCCUCCUCGACAUCCACAAAGAGAUAGCAAAAUACCAAUUUACUGUUUCCGCCAUUAGAAGUCAGAAGCGAAGUGUGCAAUACAUAGAGUUAAUAUUGAAUAGCUUGCGAAUUGUAUUUAUGAAAAUGUGUCGAUAUUACAUGUACCUUAAACAAGGGUGUCCAAUUGCAAUAUGCAAUGUCGAUCUAGGAGUAGCACUGUCUCUUUGCCGUUGAUCAUGUUUUUCAUAUAUAGAAUCCGUUUUAUAAUGUGUGGGUUUUCAUAGAAUGUAUGUUCUUAUUACUGCAUUAAUGAGCUUUAUAUCUAAACUUUUAUACAUGUAGCUACUGUCAAGUGGCCUGCUUCUUUAUAUUAAAAUGAAAAUCUGUUAAAGGAACUAAUCAAAUAAAUGAGAUUAUGUAUCAUUUAUUUUUAAUAAAAUGUAAGAUAAUGUGAACAAUAUAAUCUCCAUGUGUCAUUUCCAAGGGAUUUCCCACUGAAAAGUAUGAAUAAUGAUUUCUUUCUAUUUGUGAACAAAUCUGAUGCAUUACAAUAUCAAUGUUGAUUUUAUUGUCAUGUUUGCUAGUUUAUUGUCUCAAUAAAUUAUUUUUUCAACAAAAUUCUAGUUGAAUUCAUUUCAAGACACAACUGAUACACAUUGAUUUUGAAAACGUACUAAACAACCUGAUAGUGACUGUAUAACUAAGCUUUUAUCACGACGCAGUCAUUUUUGGGAGUUGAUUUUAUUCAACUCCCCUAUGCAGUUACUCUGACAAACCGAAAGUGAAACAGUGUUUGGACCAAAGCACAAAUCAUCGCGGCUGACAAGGCUUAGUUCUUGAGAAUAAUUGAUAAAUUCGAAAUAAUGAAAGCUAAAGCAUUGUUUUUCAAGGAAACUUAUUUAUAAAUACCUUGAAAACAGUGAGAUUUUACAUGAUACGAACCAUUUAGAUAUUUUUUGUAGUUGUAUGUAUUCUUACACCAGAGUUCAACAUAGUCUCGUUCAACUCGACACUCGGCUGUCUCCAUAAAUCUUCGACAAGCAGAGAGUCUCUCUUGCUUGUCGGAGAUUAACGGAGACAGGCGAGCGUUUUGUUGAACGAGACGAGGGUUCAAUAUUGCUUGGAUCCAUAAAUUUUCCAGAAUAAUUUCUAUCACGAUACAUUGUUUGAUUGAAUUUAUUCUCUCUUAAAAUUCAUAUGGGGUUUUAUCAACAUUCUUGUGUCGAAAAAGUCCGAAAAUUCAUAUUAUAAAAAUGUGCGUAAUUCAAACACAGAUUAGAAACUACCUGUACUUGUCAUGCAAAAUAACAUAUCAUUGAUUUCAAAAUAAAUAAACAUCGAUAAAAUCAACUCCCGUCAGUUCUUCGGUACUUUGAUUUGAUCAAGUAAUCAGUAUGGUUAAGUUUGGUCAAUCCCAAAAGGUUUGUUUCACAUGGAAUUCAAUCCUUGAAAAGAGUUUUAAUGACAAUACUUUAAUUUUUUGUCUAUCAUUUUUGAAGAACGAAGAAAUUGUUUUCACUUUGAAACCGACAGUGUCCUACAUGUAUCUACCCUCAAAGAAAGCUACUGGAGAACAAGGCGAGAACUGAUGUUGUUUCAUUGGUUCACGCACGAACCAAUGGGACAAUGUACAGCUAAUUGCUUGCAUACUGACUGUAUAAACAGAGUGUAGCAGUGCACACAAAUUUAAAACGGCAUUUUCACGCUAAGUCUACCUCAUUGCUAUUUUUAGCAUUAUCUUGCAAAUAAUACCUUUCGGGGGUAACUAAAUGAUGAAUUAAUGUAUAAAUGCACGCAACCAAGCUGUGAUUCAAAACCUGUUUAAA